UAAAGUGACAGCUCCCUUAGACUCUCUUAUUCUUUUCUUUUUUUUUUUUCUUCUUUUUAUUUGGGUUUCCUCUUCCGCAAUCGAGGAGCUCGAAGGGCUCGCCGAAUCGAAGGAUUUUUACAAUCUCCCAUGGCUGUUUCUCAAGCUAGUCUUCUCCUUCAGAAGCAACUUAAAGAUCUCUGUAAGAAUCCCGUUGAUGGAUUCUCCGCCGGUCUAGUCGAUGAGAGCAAUAUAUUUGAAUGGAGCGUUACGAUUAUUGGUCCUCCGGAUACGCUUUACGAGGGGGGUUUCUUUAAUGCGAUUAUGAGUUUUCCAUCAAAUUAUCCAAACAGUCCUCCUUCCGUGAAGUUUACUUCUGAGAUUUGGCAUCCUAAUGUUUAUCCUGAUGGGCGUGUUUGUAUUUCAAUCCUUCAUCCUCCUGGUGAUGAUCCUAAUGGCUAUGAGCUUGCCAGUGAGCGUUGGACACCUGUUCAUACGGUUGAAAGCAUAGUUUUGAGUAUUAUAUCAAUGCUAUCAAGCCCAAAUGACGAAUCACCUGCAAAUGUUGAAGCUGCUAAGGAAUGGCGGGACAGGAGGGAAGAUUUCAAGAAAAAGGUAAGCCGCUGCGUGAGGAAGUCACAGGAAAUGUUAUGAGGCAAGUGCAGCUUUUGGUUUGUCUCUUCUGCUUUUUGUGGCAGUGGGUGUUUAAAUUUUAUCUUUGCUAAAAGGGGGACUUCACCUGUUCACUUGGUGUUGCCAGUGGGGGUCUUGCUUGUAGAACGUCAAUGGAGCUAUCACCCAUAUAUUUCACUCUCUUGUUUUUUCUUUUCUUCUUUUCUUUUUUUUUUUUCUUUUCUAUUUUCUUUGUUUUUUUUUUUCUUUUUUUAGUUAUAAAUUUUUAUUUUUAUUUUGUUCUCUCCUCUCUCUGCAUUUUUAAAAGUAACUAUUAGGAUGAAUUUGUAUAACAAAAGCAUUUUGUUUAAUGCUUUUCGUCUUUGUUAAAAGAAAAGAAAAAAAGGGAAACCUUUGUCUGUUUGGUGACAUAUUCAGCUUUCCGAUACACUCUGAAAAUGGUGCCUUUAUACUACUAUUCUAUGCCUAAGUUGAUUUACUAUUUUCGUUUA